UCGACGCACAAAGUCGAGCAACAGCAAGCGCGAGUGACUCCGAGGAAGUCGGAUCGGUUCCAGUCGAGAAACAUGAGGCUCUUCAUAUGUGUCAGCGUGUACUGGACACUCACGCUGGCUUCGCCGGUCGAAGUUCAGGUGCAAGGUCGGUACAGGCCACAAGGGCAGAGCGCGGUUACUCCUAUGUCGAAUAUCACGAACUACCUCGGCUUCAUGAUUUUCAAGGGUUUACCGGAUGACGACAAAAUCGUUUCUCCGGUAUCCUUGAUGGAAGUCCUAUUCAUGCUUUAUUUCGGUACCAAAGACCGAACCAAAGAUGAGCUCGAUGAACUGAUGCAGUUCGCCCGCUUCGGUUUGAACGACGAGGAACACAUCGAGAGCGAUAUCAUCUACCAGAUUCGCAAAUGGAAAAAUACAAAAGGCGAAAUCAUGGAUCUGACUAGAGCUUACUCUGCAGAAGAUAUAUACGAACCCUACAUGCAGCGAUUGAAUUCUAUGUUCGAUGCUGACAUUUCCAAGGUGGAUUUCCUAAAGAGCUCGCAUAUGGUGACGGAGACGAUAAACAAGUGGAUAUCCGAAAAGACUAGCGGCAACAUAGACAAGUUCUUCAAGGAAGAUCUCGACGUAUACACGAAGCUCGUCUUGAUUUCGAUCAUCACCUUCAAAUUUCAUUGGAAGGACCCUUUCCACGCGGGAAUGAGCCGCGAGGGACUGUUCAACAACAAGGACAAAGAACAAGCAUAUGCAACGUUCAUGUACAAAGAGAAUGACGUCGAAAUCGGUUUCAAUGAAGUCGCUCAUUCUGUGACCGUGAAGCUGCCGUACGAAAACACUGACUACGACAUGUACAUCAUUGGUCCAUGGGGAAAGAACGGGGAGAAUGAUAGCAGCGUUGAAGAUAUAGAGCAAUUUUUGAAUCAAACCAAGGGUUUUGAUGCACUGCUCGCGACCGACAAGAAACCCAAUGGCACAAUCGGAAUCGAAGUUCCCAGAUUCGUUGUCUCGUCAGAGGUCGACGUCAAAGGGUCGCUCGCGGAGCUCGGCGUCAAAACACUCUUCACUCCUCAGGCAAACCUCCAACGAAUGAGUGCCGGGGGCCUACAUGUUUCCGGCAUAAGACAAGCCGGGUACGCCAAGAUCGACGAGCAGGGAACCGAAGCAGGAGUUGUCACAGCUGCAACCGCCAGCUCACGCAUGGUGCCUACCAGGCUGAAGAAUACGGUCACCUUCAACAAACCGUUUUUGUUCACCAUCAGGAACAACAAGUUGAAUCUAGAUUUGUUCAUGGGGAAAGUUACGAAUCCUCCUAAGAAUGUCCUGUGAGACUACGUCGAAUAAAGUGUGUAAAGAGAACCCUCGUUCUUAGGGA